GGUGCAGUGUUGCCGCGUGGUUUGUUUACGUGAGUGCAGUGUUGCCGCGUCUCCCAGUUGGUUGUCAAUUUUUCCUUCUUAAAAGUUAUAUUCAGAUAUCGCAGUGAUGAUGACCUCGUCCGGGGAAGCCACGGGUCUGGAAGCCAGCAUGGAUGUGCAGUUUACCCUCAUCCGGGAGCUUAAGCCGGGCAUGAAGAAUCUCAGGCUUGUUUUCAUUGUGCUGGAAAUCGGAAGACCCAACGUGACAAAGGAGAACCACGAGGUGCGGUCUGUCAAGGUGGCUGACCGGUCGGGCUGCAUUAACAUAUCACUGUGGGAUGAACCGGGUCAGCUUCUGCAGCCUGGGGACAUCUGCAGUCUGAACAAAGGUUACGUCAGUGUGUGGAAGAACUGUCUCACUCUCUAUGUGGCAAAGGGAGGAGAGCUACAGAAAGUCAGCGAGUUCUGUAUGCAGUUCUCGGAGCAGCCCAACAUGUCUGAACCUAACCCAGAACUGGUGCCGCUGAGCAAAGGAACCUGCGGGCCGGGCGGGGGCGGAGACCAGGGCAGCGGCGGGGGGAACCGUGGGGGGUCUCAAGGUGGGGGUAACUCAGGCAGUGGCCCCCUUGGUGACACCUCCCGGGACCCCAGAUUAUUCAAGCCCAACAGUAAUGGUGGCAACACAGAUCCCAGGGGCGGAAAGGGUGGUGGUGGCGGUGGUGGCGGUGGCGGUGGUGGUGGUGGUAGCGGCGGCGGCGGGGGUGGUGUGACAGCCUCUAACGGACACCACAAUACCAGCAGCAGCCGCCACACCAACUCAUCCACCAAGAGCCGCAGCCACGGGCCAGGCAAGUCAUCGGCCAAGAGGUAAUGUUUGGUGACGCAUUGACUGACCCGAGUGUUUUAGUCUAUUUAAAAGAGGAUGUGUUGGCCGACCGCCCCCACCCCUCCCAGGCAUAAUGUUUGUAUGUACGUCCGCACUUGAUGCAAAUGACAGUUUUAACCUUGGCGAGUGGUCUGCCCGUCAUGUGGCGUGGCCCGCUGCCCUGGCGAUGCUGUACCCGGUGGUGGUGCCGGCAUUGUGUGCAGAUUGAAAUAUACAUGUGAUACGUUUAUAUGCAUCAUUUCAUUCAUCACCAAGGCCAUGCUAGACUUAAUGAAGGAAUGGGUGUGCUGCUGCAUUUGUGUGACUUGCAACAGAGCCCAUUAAUCUAUCACCAGCCUUGUUAAUCUAUCAAGAGAAUCAUGAAAAUAUCCUUGAAAAACCCCAACAACUUUCAACAGAACCCACUAAACUAUCACUACCCUUGUUAAACUGUCACUAGAAUCAGGACAACACCCUUGAAAACCCCAAUAACUUCCAAAAAAACAACAAACAACACUAGAAUAAUGACACCCUUAAAAACCCCAAUAACUUCCAAAAAAAAACAAUAAACUAACACUAGAAUAAUGACAUCACCCUUGAAAACCCCCCAAAAAAACAUUAAACCAGCACUAGAAUCAUCAGAACUUCCUUGAAAAUCCCAAUAACUUAAAAAAAAUAAAUAGAUAGAUAAACUAACACUAGAAUCAUGAUAACAUCCUUGAAAACCCCAAUAAGUUCCAUGAGAGCCAGUUAAAACUACUGCUAGGCUUGAAAACUCCCCUGAAAUCUUAUCAAGACUUAAUGUUGUCUUAUCAUCUUCGCAUCAGGGCACUUUAAACUAAUGUGACUGGUCCUUCAGGUUUCCCCCAUGUUCCUUUAGGUUUCCCUCAUGUUCCUUUAGGUUUGCCCCCACUCCUGAACCUUAUAUUGAUAUUGUGUGUACAUUUUAUAUCAAUUUCUUUUCCCUUAGCCCGUCGUCAACAUGUAAAGAGAAGAAAAUAGAUUAAUGACAAACGGACGUAUUGAAAAGAAAAGUGUAGAUGAUGUAAAUAACAAACGUAGAUAUUAUUACAAGUUUUUUUUCUUUCUUUAUUUUUUUUUAUAUAUAUGUACAGUGUGUGGAAUGACUACAGUCGAUGUAUGGCCAAGUUUGGGUGUUUUUAAUGCAACUCUGUCAUUGUGAGGCUCAUGUUUUCAUUUAUUUAUUCAUUCAUUUAUUUUUUUAACAUUACAGUACAAGAGGAGUUCAUUGUAAUCACGUAAUUUUAGAUCGUAUUAAAAUCUUAAAUCUCGAAGCCACGUAAACAAAUCUUGUCUUCGGUACAGAGUUUAUGUUUUAAAAGAGUACAAUAUUUUUCUCCUAUAUCCUGCAUAUGAAGUGUAAAGAAGAUGUUUACAUUUUUAAAAGAUUGCAAUAUUUUCCUGUGUCAUGUUUAUGAUGUGUAGAGUUUAUGUUUUAAAAGAUUACAAUACUUUUCUUCUAUAUCCUGCAUAUGAAGUGUGGAGAUAAUGUUUACGUUUUUAAAAGAUUACAAUAUUUUCCUGUGUCGCGUUUUUGAUGUGUAGAGAAGUUUACGUUUUAAAAGAUUACAAUAUUUUUUCCAUAUUGUGUAUAGUGUAGAGAAGUUUACGUUUUAAAAGACUACAAUAUUUUUUCCAUACUUUGUUUAGUAUAGAGAAGUUUAUGUCUUAAAAGAUUACAAUAUUUUUUCCUUUAUCGUGUUUUUUUGAAAUGUAGAGGAGUUCACGUUUUUACAAUAUUACUAUCUUUUUAACUUUAAUCCUGUGUGGAGCAAAAAGGUUUAUACUUUGUGAUUCCAACACUUUUUAUACAAACUUUUCAGAAGGGAAGGAGGAAAAGGUUUAUAUUGGUCUGGCCUUAUAUUGGUCUGGUUUAUAUUGGUCUGGCAUUUUCCCUUUAUGAUGAUAUAGCUUUUGUCAGUGUAGGAAAGAGAGAGACAGUUCAUAUUAUAGAUAACUCAAUAUUUUCAUUAACAUUUCAUAAUUUUUUGAAGAGAGAUAGAGAAAAGUUUUUCUUUCUCAAGAUUUCAAAACUUUCCAUAAACUUUUUACAAAUAGUGGAGAGGAAAAUGGUUUAUAUUUUAGAAAGACAAAAUUUUUCCCUAAAACUACAUGCAUUGUGUCUUGCUUCUUAAGAUUGUUCAAAUAUUUUCCCAAAAACUACAAAUAUCUUGUUUUUUUUUUAGAUUUCCCCAAAAGCUACAAACCACCGUACAUUUUAAGGUUGUACGAAAACUUUCUCAAAAAGCUACAAACCUCA